AUGAGACCUGAUGAUGCUGGAGUUCCCCAAGUCCGCAUAAGAAUGAGGCUUCUCACUCUCUUUCAAGUUAUCCAGGAGAUCGUGGCCGAGGUUGAGGAUGUGUUUGUCAACAGAGAUGUUGACCAUGAUGGUAGACUGGAUGUAGAAGAUACGUCCAAGGCCAUUUAUGGGCUACAAUACUUGUUCAGUGGGGAGCAGACUUCCCAGCUGAUAGCAGAGAUGGAUGAAGACCGUGAUGGUUAUGUGACGCUGAAAGAGUUUAAAAGGAGUUUUUCACCUCCCUAUGGGUCAAUGAAUAUAUGGUCGGCAUUUCUUCGUGCAGACUCAAACAACGAUGGUGAGCUUUUUUUGUCUGAGUUCCACAAAGCUCUUGUUGUAUUACCAAUUAAAAAAGUAAAGAACAAAAAAGAAUAA